CUUUCGGCGCCAUUUUGUGAUUAAAAAUGGGUUGUGAGAGGUGUCCGUGAUUUUAACAUAGGUUUUUACAGUGAUUGACUUGUAUUGAGAAAGAAGAUAGUUUUAACUCCCUUAAGUUAUUUAAUUAUAAUAUAAUAAAAUGGACGGCUCUAACCGCGGAUUCCGUGGUGGACGCGGUGGCCCGCCCGGCGGACGCGGCCGCGGCGGUAUGGAUAUGCGAGGAAGAGGCGGUCCCGGCAUGCGAGGCCGAGGCGGGCCGGGCAGAGGUGGACCUCCACGUGGUGGCCCUCGCGGUGGAUUUAGAGGUGGCCCAAUGAGAGGAGGCGGUGGUGAGCGUGGAGGAAGAUUCCCUCCCGGGCCACAGGGCCCCGGCCCACACCCCGUGCCCACUAUUGAGUCGCGGGGCCCUCCACAAAGAGGAGGAUUCAACAAUAACAGAGGAGGUCCUGGUGGCAUGAGAGGUAGAGGAGGCCGAGGGCGAGGUGAUUUCGGACCCCGCAAUGAUAGAGGAGGCAGAGGUGGCAUGCCAAUGAGAGAUUUCCACCCAGGUCGUGGUGGCCGCGGUGGUCAUGGACCACCACCAAAUGGUGGUCCUGGCCCACAUAUGCCCGGACCACAUGGGCCUCCUGCCCCAGUGCCCAGUGGACCUAACGCUCCAGCACGGCAAGGACCUGGACCCCAUCAAGGCGGUGGUGGUCCAUCACAAGGGCCUCCAUUCAAGCGCGGCGGUGGCCCACCACACGGUGGACCCGGAGGUCCUGGAGGCCCACCAAAACGCGGAAGGUUUGAGGGACCCAGAGGUGGUGGUGGAGGUGGCAGACCACCGCAAUCUGGUGGAUAUCAGCCCGCACCCCACAAUGCUGCUCAGCAACCAAAUGGGUACGGACCACCAUCACACACGGGUUACCAGCCAUAUGAACCCCCGUCGGCGGACCCUUAUGCUGCUCCAGGAUACAACGCUUCAAGCUCUUACCAAGGAAACAACUACUCGUCUCCAGCCCCCGUUCAGCAGGGUGCAGGUUACAAUUCUAACUAUGGGUCAAAUUAUGGAUACUCCACUGGAGCACAGGGCUACGAAAAUGAUGGAUAUGGUAACGCUGGUGGGGCGGGCGACGCCGGCUACGGGCCGGGCGAGCAGGCGUACGGUGGUGCGGCACCCGCGUACGACUCGUACUCCCAGCCCGCCUACAACACAUACCAGCAACCCCAGUCACAGUACAACUAUGGAGGCAGUUGGUGAUCUGAUUGACUCUAAACAGAAUGUGUUUGCAUGUCAAAUGCAAAAAUUAUAAGUAUGGAUAUAGUGCUGGAACUAUAAUUGAAUUGAGAUUGAAGCAUAAAAUGGAUGAUCAUAUUAAUUACAUACAAAGUAAUUUUACUUAUUUAUUACGGACUGGUAUAAGUGAAAUUUAUUUUUCAAAUGAAUUUAGAAAGUUGACAAACAUAUUUCUUGGUAUAAAUACAUUUAGGACCUAUCUGAUAUGAUAAAUUAAUUGUUGUAAGAGUAUUAUUUGUAUGGCGAAUGGUAUGCUAAUUACCAUAAAUAGACGACAUGUAGAUUAUAAGAACUUAAUUUGGAAUAAAAUUAUGAAAUGAA